AUGAGCUCUCCCGACGAGAAGACGCCUCUCGUGGGCGCGUCUCCGCGCUACGAGGGCGACACUGCGCCUUUGUCCAGCGCCGCAGCCGCAUUGGCUCCCUCUCUGUCCAGCGAUGACACUGCGGUUACGUCUCCAGGCCGCCCCAAGACUCGAGUUCGUGUCGGUCUGGACGCCGCUGUCCUUGACAAUCAAAAGAAGUGGAAGCGGCUAACAGACAUCGAUGACGACAAUAGCACAGCCAAGAGUAUGGCCAGUGAAGUGCAAUUGGAGUUCAUGAAGCACCGCCAGCAGCUCGCACACGAGCAGAAACGUCGACUCGGUUCUGGAAUCCCCACGUACAAUUUGGACUCUGCAGACGUCGAGCAAGAGGCCGAGGAGGACCCAAUCUUAGCAGCCACAGAGUACGGUACUGCUCUUGAGGAAGACCGGUACCUCAUUGCAGCUGCGUUCAUCAAAGACGGCGUGCACGGCCGUAAGAUCGGCUACCGACUGGACCGAGACGCGCUACUAUUGAACAAUCUGUUCCACUCCGAGUCCUACAGACUCGUAUACAUUAUGGUAGUGGCCAUAAUGUGUUCAUUAGCCUUCGUGGAGAACCCUGGAGACGAGAACAUCAACACUUAUCUACUGGUGGAUCUCCUCUGUCUCUUUGUCUUCGGCGUCGACCUGGCUAUCCGAUGGUACAUGAGCUCAGUGGAGACGCAACACAAGUACGUGACGAGACAACCGUGGGCUGUAGUGAGGAUGAUCUUGCUGCUCAUCACAUGUGCGGAUUUACUGGUAAAUCUGCUCUUCCCGACCAUCAAUCCGUACAGAUAUUCCAGGGCGUUGAGACCCUUCUUCUUCAUCUGCCGAGGACGCAAUAUCCGUAUCAUCUUUAGCAGUUUCUUACAUGCAUUGAGAGAGGUGUUGAUCGUGCUGGGCUUGAGCUUCUGCUUCGUCGCGUUCUUCGGAUUAGUCGGGUAUCUCGUCUUCUCGGACACUAGUAACGACCCGAGCGCCACGUUCUUCAAUUCGCUCUCGUCUUCCAUGUACACGAUGCUGCUGAUCCUCAACUGCAUGCCGUACAUGGCUAGAAGCAUGUACCCGUACUACAAGAUGACCCACUGGAGCGCCGUUUUCUUCGUUCUCUUCGUGUUACUCACCAACUUGUUCCUACUCAAGCUCACCAUCGCCGUGUCCUACAAGUCGUACAAGAAGAACACCGAGAGUAUGUUGUACAAGCGGCUGCAGAAGCGCAAGGCCGCGUUGUACGCUGCGUUCGACAUCCUGGCCCAGAAUGUCAACUUCAACGACGACGACGUCCCCACCAACCCGCCAGUGUCCGGUACGCCACUCAACGGCGCCAGUGACAUCAGUCUGGUCUCCAAUGCGCCCAUGCUCAACGCUGCCAACCGCCGAGGAUCCUCUCGGUUCUUCCUCGGCACAUUCGACCGCCGCGCGUCGUUCAACAUCACUAAUCCGGCGCCCAAUACCAACCUCGUGACGCCUGUUAACAAGCGUCAGAUCUCGCUGGAAUCGUGGAUUAACGUGUGCGAAUACCUCAAGCCCAAGUGGACUGCUACCGAUGCUGAGCUCGUGUUUAAUACCGUGGAUAUCGAGCACGUGGGCUUCCUGGACUUGACAGAUUUCUACCAACUCUGCUCGUUACUCAGCGUUCAACUCGAGCGUCCGACGUUGUUCUCCAACAGUCUCAUGCGCCGCUGCUGCACGUCACGUCAACGCCAGUCUAUCCGGCGCUUCCGGAACCAGGUCCGCAGUACUUUACUAUACGAAGUCCAUCUCUUCGGUCGCUAUCGUGUGGUGCUAGCAGAGCUGGUGGUCGGUGUGUUCAUCUGUCUGUCAGUGGUGCAAGCUGUACAGGUGAACAACAUCCAGUUGGCCUUCUCCAUCAACCAUUCGUGGCGUCUACUAGGCUUCUUCCUGUUGAACCUCUUCACGUUGGAAGUAUUGGUCAAGAUGUUCGCCUUUGGCUACAACGAGUUCUUCACACGACCGUUCUGUAAACUGGACUUGGCUGUCGUGAGUGUAGGCUGGUUGUUCUACGUACUCACGACACUGUCGAAGCCUCCAAACAUCUCGUUGGUGUUCUACGAUAUGGCACUAGCGGUGCGAUCGCUGCGCUUCUUGAAGCUACUGAACCUGUUCCCACCGUUCCACGAGAUCAUGUACACUAUGAAGGCCAUCAUGCCGUUGAUCAUGCAGUUACUCCUCGUCAUCUUCAGUGUCAUGUACGCGUUCGCUAUCGUUACACAAGCCAAUUACGGCAUCGAGUUACGGGACUUCCCGGCCAGUAAACAGUCCCUGUCACCCAAUUGGUAUGCGCAGCGUGAGGAGUUCCAGACCGAGACGUUCGAAGGAACUCUAGUGACGCUGUUCGGCGUGUCAAACCUUGCUGGUUGGGAUGCUAUAAUGGACGCCGCUCACGCCAUGACCAACUCGGACUCGACGUACGUCUUCUUCUUCACAUACCGCAUGACCAUGAGCAACAUUCUCCUGCCGAUUUUCGUUGGUUUCUUGGUCGAAUCGUUCGUCUCGAACGCCAAGACGGUCGAGUCGACCACCAGCUACGUCAACUCUGCGCACCAGGUCAAAGUGGACGAUGAGGAGGACCGAAUGACGCUGCUGGAGACGCGUCACAUGCAAGACGAUGACGAUCUAGAGUGCGCGAAUACACCUCCGUUAUCGACUAGUAGACGGCAACACGAGCCCGGGUCGCCCGGCUCCGUGUCCGAUUCGUCGGCGAGCGAGGUUCGCUUCAAGUACAGACGUCGAGGCAGUGUAGUGCACGACCAAAUGUUCGAUGCUGUCAAGUUAUCGGACGUGAGUCGCCUGACUUUGCAGGUGGAGCAAAAGGAGGAGGAACUGGCCCAGCAGGAUAUGGAGAUCCGCAAGCUGGAGGGCAACGUGCUGAGCAUGAAGAGCCGACUGAACCAGUCGCAGCAUGUGAUUCUGGCUUAUGAAGCCAAGAUGGAGGAGCUCAGUCGAGCGCUACGUGAAGCGCAGGAGCGUCAAGUGGCGCUGGAAACAAGACAAAACCACGCGCUACCGCAACCUACAUCGGAAGGAGCGCUGAGCUCUCACGGACGCUCGCGCAGUGCGCGUCCGCGUGAUCGUGCGUCGUCCUGGAAGCUCUGGACUGCCAACGUGUAG